AUGCUUACAGAUGACUUGAAGGACGAUCUAGAUCUGGAAAGAGAGAGAAGAGCGACGGCAGUGAGAGGCAACAUGCUCGCCCGCAGGUUCGCACGGUGUAACAAAGCAGUUAAAUUGACGCUCUUUAGAGCCUACUGCCAGACUUUCUACACGAGCAGCCUGUGGGUGAGGUUUACACAACGGGCCUAUAACGCAUUGCGCGUUCAAUAUAAUAACAUCUUGAGGAUGCUGUUGCGGCUGCCGAAGCACUGCAGCGCGUCCGGCAUGUUCGCUGAGGCGCGAGUAGAUUACUUUUUCGCCAUUAGGCGGAAAAGAAUCGCCUCCAUGCUGAGACGGGUGCGCGGCAGCAGCAACAGUCUUCUCAGGGUGUUGGCCAAGCGCCUCGACUGCCCUGUUACGAAGUUUUGGGUGGAGGUGGCCAUUAGGAGAGCGAAAUAA